CGCAAAAGACUUCCCCCACUUCAACGUGCUCUUGCCUACUCUAUUAUUGCCAUAAAGCUAUCAAAUCAGUGAACGCUUAGAGAGAGAAAGAGAGAAAGAGGAUUUUAGAGAGACAAAAUUCAUGGAAGUUGCAGGUCUGAAGAACGAAGAGAAGAUGGUGUUUGAUGAAACUGAACUGAGGUUGGGAUUGCCUGGAAAUGGAAGCAAAGUAACAGAAGUUGUAGUAAGAAAGAGAGGUUUCAGUGAAACUGAGAGUGAGAGUGAGAGUGAAAGCGAAAUAACCACUGUGGAUUUGAAGCUUAAUCUCUCUCCCAAAGAAGGUGCAGCAGAUCCACAGCUUAAACCUAAGGAGAAGUCUCUUCUAGUUUCUGAUUCCGGCACCAAGCCUCCUGCCAAGGCGCAAGUGGUGGGAUGGCCACCGGUGAGGUCGUUUAGGAAGAACAUGUUUGCAGGCCAAAAGAGCAUAGGGGGAUCAGAAGAAACUACGAAGAAAAGCAGUGAUGGUUCUAAUGCAAUAAGCUUUGUGAAAGUUAGCAUGGAUGGAGCACCUUAUCUUCGCAAAAUAGACCUAAAAAUGUACAAGAGUUACCCAGAGCUUUCUGAUGCCUUAGCCAAAAUGUUUAACUCCAUCACCAAUGGAAAUUGUGAAUCCCAAGGAAUUAAGGAUUUCAUGAAGGAGAGUAACAAGAUGAUGGAUCUAUUGAAUACCUCUGACUAUGUUCCAACUUAUGAAGACAAAGAUGGUGAUUGGAUGCUUGUCGGUGAUGUACCAUGGGAGAUGUUUAUGGAAUCAUGCAAACGUUUACGUAUCAUGAAAGGAAAGGAAGCUAUUGGACUAGCACCAAGAGCCAUGGAAAAAUGCAAGAACAGAAGCUAGCUAGACUAGUCUUUACAGUCCAUAACCUGCUCCAUCCUCAGUGCUACUACAUGGCCUAAGAAGAAGGUUGUUGAAAAUAUAUAGAUAAUUUAUGCUUGUGUGUGUGUAACAUUAUGGUUAAUUUGUUAUAUUAUGGUACUAUUUCAAACAAAUUAAGCUUUGAGAUGUUUUUUAGUUAUGAACAGAAACGAUAAUCACUUUAAAUUA